AUGAAUCCAUUUAUUUCAAACUAGUUUUUUCUUCACAUGAUUAUUUCACAUUUGAAUAGGAGAUAUAUUCAUUCAAGAUUUAAGUUAAUACAAUUAUUAGAGUAAUAAUUUAUAAUUUUAAUAAAAUGUCUCAAAUUCGAAAAUAGACAGGUAAAAUUAAGUUAAGUAUUUGUAGAACUGUAUGUUUGGGGAAAUUGCUAGUUUGGCUAAUUAGGAUUAGGGGAUGAGUAUAUUAAAUAAAAUGUAAAUAAUCCAAAAUGUUGUUCAUAUAAAAUUAUUGUGGUCAAAAUUGCCUGCGGUUUUCAACAUUCAUGCCUAUUAGUAAAUAAUGGAGGCUUAUACACUAUGGGUUUGAAUGAACAAGGACAAUUAGGUCUCAACACGCAACUCUCGUACAUCUCUACUCCCUAAUUAAUUGAACUAAAAGGACCAUUUAUUAGAGUCAAAGCAGCUGCUAAUUAUACUGUGGCUUAAAGAGAUACAGGAGAACUUUACACAUGGGGAUAAAAUUAAGCAUUUAACAUCCAUACUAAUUAACCAUAAUUACUCAAAAUUAAGAAGAUCAAUUAGUUUUCAUGUGGAGAGCAUCACAUGGGAUUAAUAGAUUUUAAUUGUUAAUUAUAUAUGUGUGGAUCUAAUGAUUAUGGUUAAUUGGGUUUGAAUUGUUAUGAAAGUUUUGUGCCUUAAUAAGUAUAAAGUUUAGAGAAAUACGAUAAAGUCAAAUGUGGUUUAACUCAUACAUUGGUUUUAAACAAUGGAUAAGUCUAUUCCUUUGGAUCGAAUAAAACUGGCGAAUUAGGAAAUGGGAAAUAGUAACACUCGUAUAACUAAUUAAAACCUCUGAAAAUUUAAAAUGUAAAUAAGAUAUAUGCAUCUAAUUUUUCUGCAGCCAUCACUUCGAAAAAUGAACUAUAUUUAUGGGGAUCUGGAAUAUUUGGAGAAUUCCUUGUUCCUACCAAAAUUGAUUUUGCAAAUUAGAUCAAGAAAAUUAAACUAGGGAAUGGUUUUGGUUGUAUAUUAGACGAUGAUGGAUAAAUCUAUUCUUGGGGAAAAAAUUCAUCAGGGGAAUUAGCUCAAAAAGAUUUCAUUCCUAGAACAGAUAUUUAACAUAUAAAACAGCUAAAAAACAAAUAAAUUAAGACUUUUGAUUGUGGUUAGAAUUUUGUUGUGUGCAUAAGCCAAAUAUAAGAGAUAUCCAUAAAUUAUGAUUAAAUUAUCAAAGAAAAUGAUCAACUCAAAUAAAAACUAUUAUAAAUGGAAACUAUUUUUAAAAAUUAAAAAAUGAAAUCUUAGGCUGAUUUAUAAUACACCAUGUAGCAAGAAUGUAAAAGUUUUGAUUUAGGAAUUAUUUAAGAUUAAUUGGAACAAAAAUAGAAAAUCAUAUAAGAAUAGGAAAAAAUAAUAUAAAGCUAAAAGGAUAGAAUAAUAUUCUUGGAAUCAGAGCUUUAUUAUUAUUAAAAUAAAGAGAAUGUUAAUGAAAAUUCAGUCACGUAUCCAUUUAAAAAAGAUGCGAAAAAUUAAAACAAGCUAUCUUAUGAUUUUUAUAAUUAAUGA